UGCACAGAGAGAGAGAGAGAGAGAGAGAGAGAGAGAGAGAGCAGGAAGGUGAAGACUUAAUUAACCACACAGAGGCACAGCAAAGCAGCUUCUUUAUCAGCACAGAAUGCGAAGCUUCUCCUUUCCAUCAUCAUUAUUACUCUCUUCGAAUUUCUGCUCCAACGUCCUCUCCUUGACCUCCUCAUUCACUCCUCACAACCUACAAACACAAACAACUUCUUCACUAGUUCAAAACCAAAUCAAUCAAAAAACAGAAAUGGAUUAUGAGUUUGAUCUUCAAGAACACAACUCCGAUGCAAUCCCAGAUCUCUUUACCUCAGAAACUGACCACAUGCCCUCCCAAAACUUCCUAAGCAGCUCAAAACACACUGGUUUCUACUAUACUUUUCGCCUCGAAGCCAUUUCUCUGUUUUCGCAGGUUCAGUAUUCUUGCAACCUUGACCCCUUCAUACCUUACCUUGCCAUCAACUACCUGGAUCGGUUCAUAUCGAAGCGGGAUAUUCCGCAAGGAAAGCCUUGGGUCUCAAGACUCGUGAAAGUAUCUUGUCUAUCUCUAGCUGCAAAGAUGAAGAACAUACCCUUCUCCUCCUCUGAUUUUCAGAGAGGGGAAAGUUUCGUCUUCGAUGUGCAAACGGUUCAUAAAAUGGAGCUUCUUAUUCUCAACACUCUGGAUUGGCGGAUGAGAUCGAUAACUCCUUUCUCUUUUCUGCAUUUCUUCUUGUCUUCGCUGGACUUAAACGACCGGCCAUUUACACAAGCUCUCAAAAAUCGAGCUUCGGAUAUCAUCUUCAAUGCCCAUACUGAAAUUAAAUUUGUAGAGUUUAAGCCAUCAAUAAUUGCAGCAUCAGCUGUUCUAUCUGCAUGCCAUGAACUGCUCCCAUUGAAGUUCCCUUUUUUCAAAGUUUCCCUAUCAUCUUUCCAAAAUGUAAAUAAAGAGAGUUUGCUCAAAUGCUUCAAUGUUAUGCAAGAAAUGGUAGAGAAUGAAGGGUUGGAUACUAUGUCCUGCACAAGAACCCCAGCGAGCGUUCUGGACCGGCGCCUCACUAGAUCGGAAGGUGAAAAGACCAUCAGCACCGCCGCCACCAGCACCAGCACCACCAAAUAUACUUGUGUUUCUGUGGCAGCAGAGAAGAGACACAGCAAAAGGCGUAGAUUAAAUGGUACUUUCUGCAGUGAAAAUAUGUUCAAGCUUUCUCAUCAUAUUCGAAAGUGCUGAUUUGUUUGGUUGUCUCUAUGCCUCGAGUGUAAUCAUUGCCCUGAGCUAUCUUCCGAUUAGAUGCACAAGAAAAAUAUAGUUUGAGAAAAACCGUUCUAUCCCUA